CUGUUUCGAUGUGUCAACUUUCUAUAUCCAGCUAUAAAUUUAUUUAUAAUUAUAAAGAGUAUUCGUAUGAUGAGAAAAAUCGUUACAAAAAUCUUUUAACAUCAUACGAAAUAGCUAAUUUAAUUGAUUCUGAGAAAGACCCAGACGGUAAACCUUUAAGCUUGCAUAUGGAUGAUAAUGUAAAAUCCUACUUCGACGUUCAUGUAAAACAACUCCAGAAUAGUAAUAAUGAGAUGAAAACGUUUACUAUUCCUGAACUGUGCAAAUCAAAAUGUUCCGUAAAAAAUCAAGAAGAAACAAAAAAUGAUGCACAACAAAUUACCAAGGAAAAUGAAGCAAGCGAAGUGUUGGCUUAAGUUAAUAUUGAAUGUUGAAAUUUGUAAUUUAAAAAUAAAUAAUAUUAUAAAAUCCGGUUGAACGCAUAAUAUUACUUGUAGCCCGUAGGUUCCAAAUGCAAUUAUUGUCACUUUUAAAUUAUUUAUUUAUUCUAUUGAUGUCUAAUUUAUAGUUUUAAGUUAUUAAAUAGUUUUUAUGCACGUAUGCUAUAAUUUAUAAUAUUUGG